CCUGUCAAACAUACCUCAAAUCAGCCACAAUGCACAUACCUACACUGAUCACUGGCGUUAUAGCCAUGCUUUCGACUGUCAAUGCCCAAGCCAUAACUAAUGUCUUGUUACAUACCGGGCCGCGCCUUGAUGGGGAUAGCUGGGCCUUCACUGGCGAUCCCUAUGUUUGCACGAAAGUCGGCGACGCUGUAUAUCACCAUGUGUUAUCAGUAUCUUUAGAAUACCCUAACCCACCCUCAGGCUUCUACUGCCGCCUCUACAGCUCCGAUGACUGUACCAAUUCGACUUGGACUGGGGCCCAGGUCAUGCGCUUUUUGCCAACACUUCAAGCAAUCUUUGAGUCUGACGUCGGAUCAGUUAAAUGUGACGUUUUUUUCUAAACAGUAUCUAUAGUAUUAUUGAGGACUAGAGAAUACAACUAUUGUGUAAAGACUCC